AUGACUGUAUGGAUGAAAGUCAUUGGCGCGACAUGUCAAAAACAAAAAGUUAUGGGAAAUUAGAGUUGAAAUUUUCUGGUAGUGUUGUAGAUUGGACAAGACAAGCAACACAUUAUCAGCGAUCUUAGCUUCUCCAUACACAUUUAACAGAUUUGCUUGGUAUUUGGUCCGAAGAAAUGGGUUCUAAAAUGUUAAAAGAUGCCAAUCGCUUUGUCGCCUCUUUGAAAUUGUUAUGUCAAGAAAAGGCCGAAGAUGAACUACUAUACGAGGACGACAUCCAGAUAUCCUUGGUGAAACAUGAAAUGUCACUGCACAAGUUAGUCUGCGGAAAUCUUCCUGUCCUCGUCGUUUGGAAAAAGCUUCAUCUUCCGCAGGACAGGGACGAAACUGAGGACUCGCUGCCCAGUGAGGACAUACUUAAUGAGGAGGAAGCCAGUGAACAACAAAAUGACAUUGGUCCUCAACCUUUAUCACUAACGAAAGCAAGGCAGCUGAUGUCUUGGUACACCAUGAGCCAGAACCCAAACAUGCCCAGUGCCCUGUGCUCUCCUCUCCUGCCCCUCUGGGUGCGCUGUGACAUGAGUGACCCCAUAGGUACCACGUGGCUUGGGGCAGAACCAGUCUCUACAGGCAACAAAGUCAGUGCCAUCAAGCUGUACACCGUUUGCAGUAAAGGGGCAACUGAAGAUAAGUCAUCUUUUCUCAGUUUGGAUGAACUGAUGCAGUUACAUCAGAAGAGACACCGUGCAUCUGCCGUAGAGACAAAGGGCUAUGCUCAGUACAACUUGUUUGGCUCCACAGUGGUGGAGAAUACAGUCAUCGAGUCCCAGUGCAGCGUCACUGCUGUCUUUAAGUGGAGUAAUGUGGAGAAGAUCUUUCAGAUGCCACCCCAGUCGUCCGAGGCCGUUUUGGAUAUCAAGCUGGCAAUCGGAGAUCUAAAGAGCCCUUUGUAUGAAACCUACAAGGAACUGGAGUUUCUGGAGGCUCUAGCCCAGGGGCUCCAGACAGGUGAAGCAGAGUGGCCCGACCCCACUGACCCCAGGUCAGCCGUGGACCUGACUAAAGCUCUUGUGGAAGAGCUGGAGAACAUUGAGAGAACAGGCCAAGCCCAAACUGGGAAGGUGGUUGAGCAGAAGGAAGGCAAGACAGAAAUGCCAGCAGCAGACAAGGGCAUUAGCAUCUACGGCUCUGCAGGACUGGACAGAGGCGAUCUGGACUUCACUGACCAGCUCUGGGUCAAGAUGAGAAGCAGUGUGACCUCAUACCAGGACAUAAUAGAUUGUCUGAAAAUGGUUAUCUCUGCUGUCAAACAUGGCAAGAUCAAACCAGGGGUGCCCAAGAACAGCAGGAACUCCCUGGGCAGACUCAUCCUGCAGUCGUACAAACAGCAGAUGGAGGAUGUGUCCCUGUCUGGUCUCACCCCCGUGCACAUGCUGCUGGAGAUGGGCCUGGACAAGAUGAGGAAGGACUACAUCAACUACCUCAUUGGAAGGGAGCUGACCACUCUAAAUAACCUGAGCUACUACCUGAGCACAGAAGUGGACCUACAAGAGCAAGUAACCCGAGUGAAGAAACUGCACCACCUACUAGAGAUCCUGGUGAUCUGUAGCACCUUCCUCAACCUGCACUACGAGUGCCUCUUUCCAUUCAUACAAUCCUGCCUAAAGUACUAUAAAACAAGCCCUUACGACGAAGAACACAUAUUUCAGAUGCAAAUCAGACCUGUCAUGAUCAGCAAUUUUUACCAGAAGGAGGAGCCCAUAGUGUGGGGGGUGGAGGUCUUCAGUGGUCAGGGCUCUCGAGAGGUCAGAACCUCCUUUCACCUGAGCGAUCAGCCCCUGGUGGAUCACGUGACCUUCUCUGCAGAUUUUAAUAAGACUACCGUAAAUGGGGAAAAGGAGGACACUGCCUUCUUCAGCACCUUGGUGACCCACAGCCUGAUAAACUUCAUCUAAAGUCCUCACAGAUGUCCCGUGUAAGAUGUUUUCCUCUACAAGAGUUGAGUUAUAGCAUCAUAUUUCUUCUGUGUACAAAGUGUCUUGUCUGUUAUUAUAUCUAUGUAAUAAAUGUCUUUUUUAAUGUUGCAGAACUA